AUUAGGCGCUCACUAGCCUAUCUCUGACACUCGAUCCAAUCUCUGAGGGCCCUCCAUGCGUCUCAGAAGUGCAGAAGCUUGUGUUGAUGAUACUCAGGCGGCUGCGUGCUCUCCCGCACACCAUCAAGUACAACUGAGCCGUCUUUGAUCUUCCUGCGAGACUGGCACAAAGCAUUGGCCUGCGUCAGCGGGAUGUAUCGUGUUCGGUCCUGGCUAAUCUGAAGUUCCUCUUCCCGGACUUUCGCUGUCCAUGAUGGGGUUCCAGAGCACGCGAGGUCCAGCAACGGCGUGGUCUCGUCUCGCAGUCGUUGAUCACCGAUUGUUGACUGGUGGGCAGGCUACCUUUCGUUUGCUCUUUGUCGGUGUUCGUUCCGGCUCUCAGGUCAUUGCGACGGGUCCCCUGCCAACAUGCACAAUGCCCGCCGCUCACUGUGUGCACCCGUGGGACGUCGAGCAGUCAGAGGUCGAGAAUGCGUCCCUCACUCUUCAUGCACGUCACUCGAGAUGGGAUUCCAUUUGUCAGCCUUAUACAGGUGGAUGCCGUCAAUGUAUCGACAUUUCGCGCUUUUGUAGACUCACCAAGACCGUGCUGUCUCUUGUAAUCAGGCCCCAGCUCCACUGGCAAUGCGGACAAGUUUGUACGAAUCAUCCAGCGGCUGAAAAACGGACAUUGUAUCCGCUCGAAGAAUCGCCCAACGGAAUUCCUCACAACACCCUCGACCUGUCCCUGCCCAGGCAAGACAAGCUGUUUAUCUUCAGAGCGAAGAUGCAUUCACCGAUGACCAAAACCGAGCUGGCCAAAACACCGCCCGUCUGGCACUUGUCAUUGGAUGUACUCCAGCAACUAUUCGAGCACGAUCUGUGACUCGCUAGAGUGCAUCCAUGCGUGCUCAGCAAACUGGAAACAUUCUACCGUAACAUCGCGUGCCUGUUUCCCCCCGUGCGCAAACUCGUGUGCUUGGGCUCACUGUCAACGGAGGACGAUUCUGAAUUUGUCGUGCAACUGCCCGGCUUGGAAAGCGCGACGCGCAUGCCAUGGCCCAAUUUCGAGACACUAUUCUUUGGUGGGGCCCAGUUCCAGGAGGAGGAGCAUCGGGCAAUGCUAUGCAGCCUCGGUGGCGGAUCAUCGCCGACACAAUCACGACGCUCGUCGAUUCGGAUAUCAUUUCUUGCUCGACGCCUCCACCCACGGACGACACCUCCAUUCCCACUUCCUGGCGCAAGUUUGCGUGCUCGAACUCGCCGUACAUGGACGACGCACUCAAGUUACUCGUCCCGCCGCCCAACUUGGAGCGCGACGCACAUGCUAUGCCCGAACCUCGAGACGCUGGCCUACAGCGAGGCCCGACUCCAGGAGUAACACAUUUCUCGAUUGACGCCUCCACGGGCGAAUAGAAAGUCCUGUCCAACAUACGUCCACACGCGGCGCUGCAUACGCACACGGCCCCGUGAUCAGAUACGGCGCAGGAGCGACGCGGUGACACGUGAUGCGGAGGGUCCGACCGGGGGAUCGUCCUGGAGAAUGGGAUGAUUAGCACGGUGCUGAGGAGGUGGCCGCAGGACAUGUCCACCAGGGGCGAUUCAUAACACUACGGGACAAGGCUAAGUGGCCGAGCGAGUGGAGCGAGGUGCUGUGUGCGAUUGUGAUUCGUGGAUAGGGAUUCGCGGUCGUCGAAAAGCUGUGGUGUGGGUUUGUGCGUCGGGCUCACGCUGUUGGGAUUCUUCAUCUGCAAGAGUUUACACUUACGUGGACCGUGUCGUGGCUCGGGUUUGGGAGGACUGAAUGACAAAUUAUCUCAAGACUACCCUCGAACGACUUGAAUCACCCCCGAGUGCGACUCUGCAAGCGGUCCUUUCCCUCUCGAACCUCUGACGAUGGGCGACGACGACGGCUGUGCCCCAGAACCCGAUGAGCUUGGGAUGAGGCGUCGAUUUUCAAUCCGCUGUUCCCCGACUUCCCAUUGUCAAGCCCGAGCUCCAGAGCAUAUGGAACAUUCAACGGCUCCCCAAAUGGGCGCUACAUCUUGAUACAUUGUGCAAUGGGCUCCCGCACAACUUCUCCAGGCCAUCCCGGGCCGAAAACGACGAGCUGUCGAACUUCAGCAGGAAGACGCAUAACACCGACGAAUAAGAACCGAGGCGGCCGAAACGUCACCCUUCGGGCACCCGUUAUCAUAUUCGCCUCAGCGGCGUUCCACGGUGAAUUUGUUUCUUGACGGGGUGCACAUCCGAGUCCGAUCAGCUAGCUGCAUGGAUUCGAUGUCAUGUCCAAGCCCAGAUCCGAGAACGGCGCCUCACAUAUUAGUACCACCACUAGUAGCAACAGUAGGAAGAGCACCAGCAGCCGCAGCUUUCCCUUCGGAAUGAGGAAGGGAUGCGUCAGAAACAGUUUCAGAUACGGCAGAAGCAGCAAGAGCAACAGCGACCGUGGCGGCUGGCUACAUUCUCUCCUCGCCUCCGUCCUCGUAACAUGCAGUGACUUGACAUGCCGGCGACAGGCAUUCGCAUCCUGGCUCUAUCCCUGAGACGGUAUGCAUCGCCGCGUCGUCUUUGGCCGCACACGAUCAGACUUGGCCCGGCGCAGCAUUUCAGCUGCCGUUGCAUCCCGAACGGC